AUGAUCGAGAAGGAUUUCUAUCUGUUAUUCGUCAUCUAUCAGAGAUGUUUCAAUGCAAGAUUUCAGCUAGUACCAGUUUUCAAUUCAUGGCCGCAGAAGAUUAACAUCAGAAAUUCCGAUUGGUUUACUCUGAAAUCUCUUUUGGCGUGUACUUGCACUACAAUUAGACUCGAGGAGUCUCGUUUAGGAGACAAGGAUUUGGAUGAGAGUCGAAAUAUUACAAGUUUUGAAGCGACGAUCUUGGGAAUGAAUUUGAGGGAAGUAAACGGAAUGGUUAUCCAAACUGAUGAUGGAUCAAAAAAGGCAACUAUUGAACUUGGUCAACAGUAUAUUGAGAUGUCUGUGACACCAAUUGAAUGA